AUGAAGGAUGUUGGUGAUGCUCAAAAGAUUUUGGGUAUCAAUAUCUUUAGGAAUAGAAGGGAGUCUGUCCUUGUGCUUCACCAAGAACCAGAUGUGCUUAAGAUCUUGCAAAAGUUUAACAUGUUUGCUGCUAAGAUUGCUUCUGUGCCCUUGGCUGCUCAUUUUCUAUUGAGUAAAGAUUUGUGUCCCAAGUCUGGUGCUGAUAUUGCUGCUACGAAAAAGGUGUCAUAUGCUAAUGCUAUAGGUUCUGUUAUGCAUUUGAUGGUCAGUACUCGGCUUGAUAUUGCUUAUGUUGUGUCUUGCUUGAGUAGAUAUAUGUCUAACCCUGGACCUAUGCACUGGGAGGCCAUGAAAUGGCUUCUUAGAUAUCUUAUACAUACUGUAAAGUAUGGUCUGUGCUUUUCUAAGUGUGAUGAUGGUGUUGAAUUAUGUGGUUUUGUUGAUUCCAACUAUGCUAAUGACAAGAACAAGAGAAAGUCCACUACUUCCUAUGUUUUCACUGUGUGUAGGUCUUGCAUCAGCUGGAAGUCACAAUUGCAACACAUAGUUGCCCUCUCCACUACUAAAUCAAAAUAUAUAGUCAUCACAAAGGUUAUGAAGGAGGCUAUAUGGUUAAAGGGAGUUCUCUCUGAACUUAAAUUCUUAAAAGCUACUCCUGCUUUGUAUUCUGACAUCAGUCUGCCAUUCAAUUGUGCAAAAUUCCUGUUUUUCAUAAUAGAACUAAGCAUAUAA